GCUGCCACCAGGACAAGCAGCAUGUGAAGAUGCCGAUCAUCUUUAGAUGGUGGAAGAUUUCUCUGAGAAGUGAGUUUCGGUCAGCAAAACCUGGAGAGACAAAGGAAACCCAUGAAGAUUUCUUAGAGAACUCUCAUCUUCAAGUACAAGUCGCCUUAAUAUUUGGUGCAAGAAUAUUAGACUAUGUCUUCAACCUGUGUGAAGGUAAAUUUGACUACCUGGAGCGGCUCUCAGACAAACUGCUGAUAAAGAUCAUCUGCUACCUGGACCUUGAAGACAUUGCCAGGCUUGCUCAGACAUCAAGCAGGUUUGCAAAGCUGUGCAAGUCUGACUCACUGUGGGAGCAGAUAGUUCAGUCGGCCUGUGACACCAUCACCCCCGACAUGCGGGCCCUCGCGAAGGAUGUGGGCUGGAGACAGGUGUUCUUCACCAACAAGAUCCAGCUCCAGAGGCAGAUUCGAAGGAAGAAAAGACAGGGAAAGCAGGAGAAGAAGCAUGCUUAGGGGCCAGCUGUCCCCAUCAGUGGGGCCACAGAUGGUGCUUCUCUUCAGACCUAAAUUUCAUUCUCUUAUCAACAAUUGUUGCUGAUUCCAGGAAUCACUUGAAAACCACAUUUUGUACACACACACAAAUCCACCCAGUGCCUUGCUUGAGCAACCACCUCCGUCCUUCUCAGGGCUACAAGACAGGAAGCCUCUCAGGCACCACCUUCCAGAUCGCCUAUUGCCCUUGGGGGAAGAGGCACUUGUUGUGUAUGAACUAACAAUAAAGCGUUAUUGGCAG